AUGACACCCGGUGUGGUUUCUGCAGACCCCACCGCUGCGAGGGGACACCCUGACGUUUGAAGUGACAGCCAGGUGCUGUGCUGGUAAACGGCUAAGGAAUACAACAUUUUAUAAGGACCCCAGGAUUUGUGGAUGGCUUACGUGAGAAAACCUCAUAAACCUCUUAGAUACUGACCCACUCGUCACCUACUGGCUGACUUGACACUGUCCUGUAUCACCGUUUGUCGCCAUCACCAUCCUCCCAGAGUCCAGUCGCUGCAGGAUGGUGACCAUCUCAGUAACUGUGUGUUCACACCUCCCUUUCCUGAAAAGGAGCCUACUGCCUCAGGGAUAUAAUCCUGGCUCACUGGCAGGGAGCAUGAGACCCCGUGUGACCAGGGUGCAGCAUCUGGUGACUCCAGUUCUUAGAAAAACACACUCCCCCUUCCCAGCCCCUUGCCACUCAUGUGCUCCCACUAGCAGUCUGGGUCUCUCCUUCUCCAGGAAGCCCCCAUGCGCCGUCACGAGCUUCCUGGACCUCCACCAGUUCCUGGGUCUCACUGCCCUGUGGUUCCCCAUCUCUACAACCAACCGAAACCAGAGCCAACGUAUUCACCGUCUAAACAUGCACACUGUCAGUUAUCAUCAUCAGAAGCCCCCAAGUCGAGGGAAGGGACUGGGCACUUUCACCAAAGAGUCUCAAGUCUGGAUAUAGUAACUGCUCAGCAAACACUGGCUGACUGCCUGGAUGGUGGAAGGAAGGAGGACAGGAAGGGAGGGAGGAACUCUGCAUUUUCAGAGUCUCAGAAAAGGGAAGCGACUUAAGGUCACACCGUUCCCAUGAAAAGCAGAAUCAGAAUUGGAACCAAAAGCAGAGCACUGGGCAGCACCGUAAAUGUGUCUCCUUCCACGGUGCUCGGACAAAACAGGCCCAGGGACGCCCCUUCCUCUAGCCUCCGCCCACCCUCCAACCAUUUUUCCAGUGGCAACCUUGGAACCAACUACUCAGCUUUCCUCAGCCCCCGGUACCAGCCAACGUCAUUUGCAGAGCUCGGCUUCUUGUCGCCGGCCACCCGACGUUUGUCCAGGACAGGACGAGGAAGUCAGAUCCCGGACGCCUUGGGGCUGCCCUGCUCCCGGAGAAGAACCCGAGCCAGGCCCUCAUGGACCCACAGGCAGGCCCCGGUCCUCCCCGCCCGACUCCGACUCCAUGACUUCCUGCCCACACAUCCUGGACAAGCAGGGCUGUGCUGGGGCCCGUGGAACCAGGGACAGCCAGAGGUUCUCCCCAAACCCUCCAUCCGGGCUGACCCAGGCACCUUGGUCGCCCAGGGGAGCCCGGUGACCAUCUGGUGUCAGGGGUCUCUGCUGGCAGAUGUCUACCGUCUGUAUAAAGAGAGCGGCUCUGCAUUCUGGGAGGCUCAGGCCCCUCAGGGCUCCAGGAACAAGGCCGGGUUCCCCUUCGGAUCCUUGAGCUCAAGUGAUGCCAGGCAGUAUCAGUGUGCAUAUCGCAGCAGGAACCGCUGGUCAGAGCGGAGUGACCCCCUGCCCCUGGUGGUGACAGGAGUAUACAGGGCACCCUCCCUGUCCGCCCAGCCCAGCCCUGUGGUGGCCGCAGGAGGCAGCGUGUCCUUCACGUGCAGUUCACAGUAUGCAGCGGGCACGCUGCACCUGCUGAAGGAGGGAGGCGCUGACCUGCCCCGAUACCAGGCGUCAAGGAACUAUGGGAACCAAGGGCGGGAAGAGGCUGUGUUCCCUGUGGGCCCCGUGACCAGCUCCCACGGGGGGACCUACAGGUGCUAUGAUGCUCCCAGCAACGUGCCCUAUCUGUGGUCGCGCCCCAGUGACCCUCUGCAUCUCCAGGUCACAGGCCUGUCCAGGGCGCCCUCCCUGUCCGCCCAGCCCGGCUCGCUCGUGCUCCCCGGAGACAACCUGACCCUCCGGUGUGGCUCAGAGGCCAGCUUUGGCAGCUUUGCUCUGACCAAGGACGAGCGGCUCAGCCCGCCCCGCCGCCUAGAAGGGCAGCAGAGCCCCGACUUCCCCCUGGGCCGCGUAAGCCGCGCCCACGGGGGCCGCUACAGAUGCUACAGCGGGCACAACCUCUCCCACGCGUGGUCCGCCCCCAGCGCCCCCCUGGACAUCCUGGUCGCGGGAAUGCACAGGAAACCCUCCCUCUCCGCCCGCCCGGGGGCCUCAGUGCCCCGGGGAGAGAACGUGACCCUGCAGUGUCGCUCUGAGGUCCGCUGAGACACCUUCCAUCUGUCCAAGGAGGGCUCGCUCGCUCCUCCCCAGCACCUGCGUCUGCAGGACACGGCUCCGCCCGUCCAGGCCAACUUCACCCUGAGAGCUGUGACCGCGGCCCACGGUGGGACCUACAGAUGCUACAGCUCACAGAGCACCGCCCCCCACCUGCUGUCGCUCCCCAGCGACCCCCUGGAGCUCCUGGUCUCAGGAGCAGCUGACAGGAUCAGCCCACCCCAAAACAAGCCAGACCCCAAGGGUGACUACACGGUGCAGAAUCUCAUCCGGAUGGGCCUCGCGGCCUCGGUCCUGGUGCUGCUCGGGGUCCUGCUCUAUCAGGCUCGGCACGACCGAAACAAGCCCGAGACGCGGCCCGGAGCUGAGCACGGGAGGCCCCCUGGCACCGCCUGGAGCGCCGGAGCCAGGGACGCGAGCUUCCGGCCCGGGAGUUUCGGAAAGAGCCUCUGCCGCGCGUACUGGAUGACACCGGUGUCGUUUCUCCAGCCGCCGUCAGUGUGAAGGAACACCUUGUCGUUUAAAGAGACAGUCAGGUGUUGCGCUGCUAAAUGGUGUUAGCAAUAUAUCCAUUUUGUAAAAA